CUCGUGUGCCCAAUCGUGUGUAAAGCAGCCGGCCAUCGCCAUGUCGUCGCCGUCGGUGGCAGCAGCAGCAGCGAUGCCUGUCGCCACAGCAUCUGCCUCUGCUUCUGCUUCUGCUUCUGCUUCUGCCUCUACUUCUGCCUCUGCUUCUUCUACCUCGCCGCGACUGUCCUCUUCUCCUCAUUCAUCCUCAUCCAGCGAUACCGUCACCUGUGCUCCCUCUGCAUUCUCGCCGUCGUCUGGCACCGCCUCGGCACUCGACAGUCACCACCACGCAACGGUCCUAGAGCGGCUAGUUUUGAACGACGCUAUAGAUCUUACUGCCGAUUCUAAUCUCGGGCACCGGCCACCACCACUAUCUUUAUCAGCAGAAGAACAGAACACCACCUCUUCACUGCCGGCUUUUUCAGUCCCAGAAGCCAUUUCCUCCGCUGCAGAUCCUGACACUGCCAUGAUCUUCUCAGACUUUUACAAAGGGCGACGGUCUCCUUUAUCUCGGCUCCGUGGGCAGAGCCCCCAACCCUCGGCAAACUCACCACCUUGGCUUGUUCCUGAAUACAUAGACCUGUUUAGCAAGGACAAGUACAGGCAAAAGGAUACUAUAAAGAAAUAUCUGGCCGCCAAGGUGAAGAACAAUUGGAAUUUUCAGUGGUCACCGCCCCGCAAAUCUAAAGCCAACGUCAUCGAGAAACCCUGUGACACAGACGAGGAAAAGAAACCUUCCGUCAAGGAGUCCGAACCCCAAGCGAUUAGGGUUGAUUCUGCUAAAGACAUACGGGAUGAUGACGCCGACGCCGAAGCCCACGUUGACAGCAGUGCAUUGAGCGACAAUGCUUCAGAUCACGAGGACGUGGACGCAGAUAACAACGACGACGACACAGACUCCAUCUACAGCCUUGUCUCCGAAGAUCCCGUAAACUACCGUCCUCGUAUGGACUGGUAUUCUGAUCUUUCUGAAGACGAAGCUACCAUUACUUCAGUAAUUGAGGGCGCUGAUUGCCCAGCCAGGACUUCAGCCUUGGAGAAGAAAGCACAGCGCCGGAGGGCUGCCCGAGAGGAAAUGGCUUGGAACGAAGGUCUAGCGUGCUUCCAGGCGCGGCGAGAUGCUUGGACCGGUGCAAAGAUGGCUCGAGUGCGCAGCAAACCAAUUGCUUCGCCUCCGGUAUCUCCUCGCUCUCGACGUUUCUUCUUCCGCCGUUCCAUAUCAGGGUCGCCGCCUUCAUUAUCUUUGAUCAAGUCCAAUUCCCACGCUGAUAGCCGCUCAGGCACAGCCUCAGACGCGUCUUCCCUAGUAAGAGACGAUAAGGAUCUCAGCAAGCAAGGCUCUAAAGAUUCUGACCAAACCCCCGACCGCCUAUUCCCUGUCGAGACGCUACUUCCUAUCCCUCACCCGAUUCUCCCCCCUACCAACGGUUUCCGAGCUUCUAUUACCCCAGCGAUUUAUCUAAGCCUCUACGACAAGGUUAUUCUCAAUAGCCUACAACCAUCAUGCCCCAUCAACUUAUCCGACAUGAUCCGUUCUUGCGUUAUGGGGUGGAAGCGUGAUGGAGAGUGGCCUCCCAAACCAUCGGGUCCCGAACCCACAAUCGCUGCAGGCCGGCGUAAGAAGGCCAAGAUGGCAUCGGGGACUACAGGAAGCUCUAUUGGCGUUACCGCUCGCAGAAUGAGUCUUGGCUUAUUAGGACGUGACAAAGAUGACAACGGCAUAAGCAUUCGCAAGAGUCUUCAGAAGGCUCUUGGUUUGGGAACACAACCGGGAAACCCACAGCAUUGAUUGGUAUAUCUGGAAGGGUGAUGGUUGCUUUCGUCAGCAGCCUAGAUUGGACGAAAAACCGGUCUCCGUAGGCUAUACAAGGACCCAAGCGCAGGAAAUGAUAUGUAAUGGGAGGCAACGGCGUCUUGAGAAACUGGAAUUUGCCAUUUGGCAUCAUGAGUCUUGGGUGCUUUUUGUUUAUGGUGUACAGAUAUCGCUUCGUGCGAUGGCCUCUCUUAUAUACCCCAUUCAGCGUUUUCACUUUGGCAAGGAAAUGGCACUGGAUGGCUAUAGCAGAUCAUGUUUUUUUCUUUUCUUUUCUUUUUUUUUCGUUUUCCUUUUGUUGGGACUUUGACUUGGGUUAUGAGAAAUGAAUAUUUACCAGCGUCUCUACAGUAAGCCGCGAUUUAGCCU